AUGCGAGUCUUCAUAAUAUCCGCGUUCAUACUGCUCUACUCGAAGACAGCAACGAGCCAGAUUUUAAGCGGUCUGUGUUCGGAUGGCCAGAUGUGUGCUCCACACGGAAAAUGUAUGGAUGGGUAUCAGAAGGACACUUAUUGGUGCAGAUGCGACAAUGGAUAUGGCGGCGAGUUCUGCGAGAAGGAGUGCAAUCUCGAAUGCGAAGAUGAUGAUGAGAAGUGUGGAUUCGAUGAAAGUGGACAGCAUCCACAAUGUAUCUGCAAAGACUGUUCCACCGACGGAAGGAAAGUGUGCCCAUUUGGAUAUGAAGGAGACAACUGCGAAAUCCAAAUUGAACACCUCGUCAACCCAUGCCUGAACAAUCCGUGUCACGAAGGAAGAUGUGCUCCAUUCAGCGGUGGAUUCCAAUGCAUAUGCAAAAAUGGUUUCGGUGGAUCAUACUGUGAAAUUGGAACGGACAACUGCAAAAACCAUCUGUGUCGCCCGGGGUCCACAUGCGUCAGCACAAUCAACGACUAUUACUGUGCGUGUCCACCGGGAAGAGCUGGCACUUUCUGCGAACUCACAAACUGUACGCUAUUGGGAGAUGAAAUUUGUAAUCACGGAAAGUGUAUCGACAAGUUCUGGAAUGACAAAAACUUCAUUUGCGAGUGUGAUGCUGGAUACGAAGGAGAAUUCUGCACACAAGAUCGUAAUGAGUGUCUCGACGAAGGUAUCUGCUCACAUCGAGGAACAUGCCAGAAUUUGGCUGGAGGAUUCGUCUGCUCCUGCAAAAAUGGAUUCAAAGGAAAACACUGUCAGGAUACUGUCGACAUGUGUCUAGAAUACCAUUGUAAGAAUGGUGGAGACUGCGUCCAUCUGCCUGAUCGUACUCCAGUUUGUCAAUGUAAGCAGGGAUUCAUCGGGCACAAAUGUGAGCAGGCAUGUCCUCCUGGAUUCGGUGGAUCCGAUUGCAAACUUCCUCUCAAUCGUCCGAAUUGCUCUCGAUUCAACGGAACUUGCUUCAACGAUGGAAGAUGCAUAAAUGGAUUCUGUAAAUGCCCGCCUGGAUUCGUUGGUGAUCGUUGUGAACGUAAUUGGACAUCGGUGGAUCAAUAUAUUUCUACGUCGUGCGAAUUCAAUCCAUGUAUGAAUAAUGGAAGAUGCGUCGAUGUCGGUGAUGGAUAUGCGUGUAUCUGUCCACCAGGAUUCUACGGACCAGAUUGCGACGGACUUCUUCAAUGUGCCUCGACGACAUGCGCCAACGGAGGUAUCUGCUCAGUGGGAACAAGAAGCUUGUCGUGUUCAUGCCCUCUCGGAUUCUCCGGAGAAUAUUGCGAGGUUAGGGAUGGACUCGACUGUAGCCGGAAACCUUGUCUGAAUGGUGGAUUCUGUGAAGCAUUCGACAGAAACAAGGGUAGCAGUGGAUUCUGUAAUUGCCCAUUCGGAUACACUGGAACGAUGUGUCAGGAGAAAUUGGUGAUUGAAAAGAAAAAAGAAGUACUCGUUCGUGAUCUAUGCAAGCAGAGAAAUUGCGACGCGCGUGCUUCCGAUGGAGUCUGUAAUCCCGAAUGCAAUCUAGAGGAAUGCAAAUUUGACGGCGGGGACUGUUCCGGAGGUCAGCAACCAUUCUCCAAGUGCCGUUAUCCAUCCAGAUGUGCCGAUUCGUUUGCAAAUGGAAUCUGUAAUCAAGAGUGCAAUAACGAAGGAUGUCUAUACGAUGGACUGGAUUGUCAAUCGGAAUUAUAUAGAUGUCCGAAGGAUAUUCGAGAAUAUUGUAUGAAGAAACGUGGAGACGGCGAAUGCGAUUACGCGUGUAGUUUCGUUGGAUGCGGAUUCGAUGGUGGCGACUGUUACAAUGAAACUGGAGCCAUGAUUCUCAAUGAUAUCCGACUCGUCAUCCAAAUCGAUCCGAUCGUUUUUCAAGAAACUGGAGGUAACACAUUGAUGGAGAUCAGCCGACAUCUUCGUGCAGCUGUUCGUAUUCAAAAAGAUGAUACCGGGCCGCUUGUCUUCCAUUGGGAUGGUGAACAUGAAACAGAGAGACUCCAAAUGGAUACAAAGAAACUCAGUGCUCAACAUGUACUCUCUCAUCAUGUUCGAAAGUAUCGAAGUGCUGAAAUAACUGGAGUUGUUUUGUAUUUGGAAGUCGAGGAGAUUUGUCAACCAAGAUCUACGUGUAGAUUUUCUACCGCUCAAAGUGUUGUCAAUUUGAUUGCAGCUGGACUUGUGAAGUCAGAUGGGCGACAAUCACUCGGAUUCCCCAUCACUGAAGCAAUGGUUGCCACGCCAAGAAGAAAUACGGAUGUCGGAGAGGGAAUGUCCCGGAAUCAAAUUCUCCUCGUUGUAGUCAUUGCAUUUUUCGCUCUCGGAACUGUCGUUGCCGGUGUUAUGGUCAAAGCUGGAGAGCCGGAAAGAAGCAGAAAACGAAAAAUAAUUCAUGCACCAGUCUGGACGCCUCCAAUGGAAACACCAAUCGACAAGCAGACUCCACAAAAUCCGUCGAUUUACUCAAGUCAAGUCUCGCUAUUAAAUGACAGUAAUAUGUAUUUGAAUGCGCCGAAACGAGUACGCAGAGAGUUUUAUCUUCCUGGACCGGAAGAACAAUACCAGGAGAUUUAUCCACGAACUUUGGCUAAUGGAGUUGUUGGAGAGUAUGCUGCCGGAGGAGCAGCUCAUCAUGUGAUCAUCAUGCCACAAGAACCAGUGAUGCCGGAAGCGUUGCCAGCAGAGAAAAUUCUUCUCCAUGUUCAAGCAGCUGGUUCCUAUUCGCUCACCGAGGCAAUUACGAGAGAAUCCGUAAAACAAGUCGACACGAAAUACGGAAGACAAGUUCUUCAUUGGCUUGCUGGAAACACAAAUGGAAAAGCAGAAGACCUGGUUACAUCUGAAAGUGUCUCGUGUCUCGAGGCUGGAGCUGAUGUGAAUGCUCUCGAUAAUGAAGAGAAUACUCCGCUGAUGUUGGCUGUCCGCGCUCGACGCGUACGAUUGGCUGUUAUCUUGAUGCGUCAUGGAGCCAACCCGACCAUCUUCAACAAGUCUGAACGAUCUUGUCUACAUGAGGCAUGUGUGAAUCGAGACUUCCGAAUGGUGACCAUCUUGUUGACUGAUGCUCGAAUGCUCAAAGAAAUCGAUGAGUUGGAUAGAAAUGGAAUGACUGCAUUGAUGCUGAUUGCUGGAAGUUAUGGACCACAGCAAGUCGAGAUGGCGAAGCUUCUAUUGGUGAAAGGAGCGAAGAUAGAUGCGGAUGGUGUGACGAGAAAAGAUUCGGACAAGUAUCAUGGAAGAACUGCACUUCAUUACGCUGCUCUAUGUGAUAACAUCGAAAUGGUUGAGUUCUUAGUGAUGAAGAAUUCAAAUAAGGAUAAGCAAGACGAAGCCGGACAGACUCCAUUGAUGUUGGCUGCCAAAGAAGGACACGAGCUCACUGUCAGAUUUCUUGUUGGACAUGGAGCUAGUGUGACGAUGGCAGAUGUUCUUGAUAAGACAGCACUGCAGUAUGCGAGAGAGGGAUAUCAUCACGAAGUCGAAGAGUUUCUUCUGACAUGGAUUAGAACCGAGCGUGAACGAAAAGAGGCUCCUCAGAAACCAACGAAUCCUGAGAAAUGCGUGAAUCAGAAGACUGGGCGUCAAACAAUGAAAGCUGUUAAGAGAGCUGGUUCACGGAAAAGUCCAACUGCUUCAACUCCGCCGUCUCGUGAUCCGAACCAUUUGACACCGCCACCAUCAGAUGGAUCAUUCUCUUCUCCAUCUCCGCAUUAUUUCCAUACGACUGCUUCAACACCUACCGCUAUGGAAUCAAGUCCAGAAUAUGUGUAUACUCAAGAUGUGACUAAUUCGAAUUGGUACCCCACACCAUCCUCGUACCACGAUCUAAGUCAGAACAUGCCACCAUCGAGUUCUUCCAGUGGCGGGGACCCUCUGAACGGAUCAUUCUACUGCUGA